AGGAAGAGUAGCUGCUGCUUUUGCAACAGCUAAUGGGGAUCCUAAUAAAAUACCAAAUCUGUGUGUAUUUAACUUAACGUAAGGCGUAAAAGUCUAUCCGUCUAGAGAUCUGUAUAUAAUGACGAGAUGCUCAAGGCAGGCGACAAGUAUAGGUCCAAAAUAAGCUCAUAGAAACGCAUUUGGCAUUUUACAAGUAAGCCUAUGGUCUCAUGAGUCUUCUUAAGUAUCCCCUGUGGAUAGGCCAAGUACCCCAGGUUGGGAACCACUGAUCUAGGCUAUUUUCAUAUUUAACUGGACCACCUAACUACUGCCAUCACCAUCAUGAGUGCAGCCAGGAUAGUCAUGGCUAGAACGAAUCCAGCUUUGGUAAAUUAAGGUCAAAGGUCAUGUGUUUUGCAUUUUACCUAACCCUAACACUUUUUCUCACCUUAACCUAAUUAUCCUAACCUGCUAAGUUAAUUAUUCUAACCUGCCUCAUAAACCCUUCUAACCAUGACCCCGGGAGAGGAGCGAGAAACACCCAUCCAAAGCAAACUUGUGUAAGCUUGGACGGUUUCCAGGGAACCCGUUGCUAUCAACAACGUGGACCAUAAAACACCAAGAAAAAAGCAAUGAGAACCCGAUCAAUCUCACCGCUCCUACAUGUGCACGUGAAUGAGACUAAGCCUGUGCAUGUGCAUGUGAAGAAGAGUAGGAGCCCUGCCAGGACACCACAGACUAAGGGCGAUGGAGGGAACCUGCGACCUACUGCAAAGGUCAAGACACGGGUGCCGUGGAUACCGCCUGGGAAGGCCUCCAUUCGGGAUGCCUCCUACAAAUGGGAGGGGCCGACUCAUCGUCUGGAGAUCACACCAUUACCUCAGCCCGAGAUCUCCCACUCUCCGCUGCGAUUUGCCGACCUCUCGUCAGAGGAAGAGGAAGUGCUGCAUGGACGAAUCAACCAGUACGAGAGGAAGAUUGACAGCCUGAUGACUGAGGUGGAGCUGCAAAGGAAGGAGCAGCUGCUGGAGCGGCAGUCUGAGAAACUUAGCGCCUCCCAGCAGGUCAUCGAGGAGCAGGAGAAGGAGCUGGCCGAGGUGGCCAAUGAGCUGGAGGUCACGGAGAGGGAGAACUCCCACCUGCGCCACUCCAUGGAGAAGAUGCUGGACGAGAGUGACUGCACCAGCAGACUAGAGAGGUCUAUGGAGUCGAUGCAGCUGGAGAAGGACACUCUGCUCAGGAAGUUGAUGGAGGCUGAGAUAGAUGGGACAGAGGCUGCAAUACAGGUGUCAGCCCUCAGAGAGACCGUCACUAAGAUGAGGAGUGUCAGCACCAGCAGGAUGUCUGGGACUGAGUCUUCCCUCCUGGCGCGUCAGAAGGAGCUGCUGCUCCAGAAACUGGAGACGUUUGAGGCCACCAACCGCACGCUGCGCCACCUACUGAGGGAACAGCAUGGACGUGAGCUGGAAUCCACGAGGAUGUCAGAACAGAAAGAUGUACUUCUGAAGAGGCUGACAGACACAGAGGCAGAAAACUCGAAUAUUGUGGUGAAACUCCAAGAGAAGGAGCGGGAGGUGAAGCAACUGACUACGCUUCUGGACACAGAGAAGGAGAAUGCUAAAACCACAGGCGAACUGUCUAAAGUGCUGGAGUCUACUCGGGCCCACUUGCAGAGCCAGUUACGCAGCAAAGAGGCUGACAACAACCGCCUUGCUGUGCAAAUCAAGAACCUGGAGCGGGCGGCCAGUCAGCAGCAGGGAGAGAUGGGUCACCUGCUGGAGCAGUUGCGGGGUGUGAAACUUCAGGCGGAGGCCGACAAAGAGGACCUGAAGAGGGCCACACGGGCCCAGAAACACCGGGCUGAACACAGCGAAGAUACCGCCCGGCAGCUCAGCACCCAGCUACUGGAUGUGGAGAACCAGAUGGCAGAGGCCCUAUCAGCAGCAGAGAACUGCCGUGGUCGCCACGCCCAGGAAAUGAAGGACAAGACUCAGCUAGAGAUGGAGGUCUCAGUCCUCAACAGCCGAAUGUCAGACCUGACACAGCAGCUCCAUGGGAGAGAGGACAAGGGCCGGGCCGAGAGAGAGGGGCUCCUGGACCGCCUGCAUAGUCUCACCACAGAGGGCACCCACGCCAGGCUACAGAACCAGAGCCUCAAGGCCAGGUUAUCUGCUGUGGAGGAGAAGCUGGCUCUGUCCCAGUCAGAGGUACAACAAGUCAAAGCCUCUGUGAAGCAAUACGAGAGCCUGGUAGACAGCUAUAAGACCCAGGUGGUGAAGAUGCGGGCGGAGGCAGACGGGUACUGUGCCAGGCUGGGACAAACGGAAUGCGAGGCGCGGGAUGUCCGGGACCAGAUGGAGAGGGAGUUGGAGGUGGUACGUAGGGAGCUGCUGGGCCGGCUGACAGAGCUGGAGCCUCUUCCUGAGGCACUGCGGCGCUCCGAGGUCCUACUGGAGGAAGCUCAGGACAGGGAACACGCCCAGGAGAGACACAGCACCGAGCUGACCACUGCCCUGUCCGACCUGCGCAUGAAGGUGGAGCAACAAGGCACCCAGGUGGAGCUGGUGAGAGUGAAGAACUCGGUCCUGUUGGAGGAGAACAAACAGCUGCAACACCGUGUGGAGAGUCUGGAGAGGAAGUUGGAGGAGGCCACCAGUCAAAACAGGGACCUGGCGGGGGUGAUCGCCAAGCGGGAGGAGACCAUCCACAGCAACCAUCUCUGUCUGGAGGAGAAGUCCCGUGAGUGCACCCACCUGACCAACCAGCUGGAGGAGGCUCUAGAAGAUGCCCGACUACAGGUGUCCAACACCCGGGAGCGUGCGUCCACCAAAGAGCGCUCCACCCAGUCCAAGGUGGUGGACCUAGAGACACAGUUGAGCAGGACCGCCACAGAACUCACCACCCUACGCCAUAGCAAAGAGGAGGUGGAGCGGCGUUACCAGUCGCGUCUGCAGGAUGUGAAGGAUCGUCUGGAGCAGUCAGACAGCAUCAACAGGAGUCUGCAGAACUACGUCCAGUUCCUCAAAGAAUCCUAUGCCAACGUGUUCGGCGACUUAGCCCUCACCAGCUCUCUGCGGGCCCCCUCUCCUAUCUGAGGGGACCGUCCCCAAAGAUUCUCUCAGAACACACACACAGACACACACACCUAUCCCAUCUGAGGGUACUCUCCCCAAACACACUUAUUUAUCCAGGUCCAUUUUCAGAGGGCUCUUUUCAUCUACAGUGAGGGGGAAAAAGUAUUUGAUCCCCUGCUGAUUUUGUUCGUAUGCCCACUGACAAAGAAAUGAUCAGUCUAUAA